CAUCCCUAGUUGUUGAUUUUCUAUGCGAAAAAGUGAAGCUAGUGUUUAAUAAAUGUGGCACAACAUUGUAGAAAUGCAUUAAGGUAAUGCAGCGCUGAGCUAAUUAUUAACUGUUUCGAUAUCAAUUCGAAAAAGGCAAAAGCUGAGUCCUGGCGUUCGCAUGGACUACGAAAAUUUGUCCGUGAAUCUUGGUGGAGGGAGCGCUGCGGCCGGCGCUGCAAAUGCGAACGUGAUUGCGAGCACAAAUCCGAAUCUGAAUCCGAACGUCGCCGACGUUGAAACGGAGGCAACUAUGUGCGGCAGCCAGGACCUGUUGGAGGUAAAGUCCAAGGAAAAGGCGCGUCGAUAUUGGACACCCAGCGAGGAGGAGCGCCUCUAUGAGAUAUGGGGCCGAGACAAUUGGCGUCUCACGCGCAACGGUAAAAAUACCGUUUAUUUUGGUCAAUGGUCCGAGGAGCUGCACGAACGUUUCGCCGUAGACGUAAAGCCAGAGGAAAUUCAAAUGAAGGUUAAUCAGACAAGGGCUAAAUUUCGUCAAGUGAAGAAGCAGCUGCAGAUCGAUCCAUCGAGUUAUCCAUUGCGCUGGAAAAAGUAUGACUUAAUCAAUCGUAUAUUGAAAAACCUACACAGGCCGAAGAAUGCUGAGCCAUUGCCGCCAGAUGUGUUGCUUAAUAAUCGAGAUGUUUCGCCGCCACGCGAAGAGGAGCAACAGCAGCAGCACCCGCAGCAGCAACAGCAAACACACCCGCAGCAGCAGUCGGUGCUGAAUUUACCAGCUGAGCCAACGCCUAAUACUUAUUACAGCAACAAUAAUAGCAACAGUAGCAGCAACAAUAAUAACAAUAAUAGCAGCAGCAACAACAACAAUUCAAUGAGCUUCAAUACGGAACUGUUUACGGAUCAAUAUGACGAUAUCAAACAGGAAUACGAUGAUGAGGACUAUCGUUCGAUGCCAUUUCAGGAGCGAAUGCAACAGUAUUCACCAGCGGAGCCCGCACAGCUGUUGGAGCUGCAAACGCCACAACAACUGCAGCAGCAGCAGCAGCAGCAACAUCAGCAGCAGCAACAACAACAUCAGCAGCAUCAGCAGCAACAACAACCACAACAAUUUCAAUCUGGCUAUGACUCAGCUAGCUAUGCAGGCAGCUAUAACAACAGCAGCAGCAACAAUAGCGGCAGCAACAAUGUUGCAGCAACAUCCAGUAUCAAUCAUCAGGCUAUUACAGCUGUUGCCUACAUCAACAGCACCAACAACACCAUCAGCGUGGCAACAAACAACAGCAACGGCGGUCAUAUGCAACCGCCGGCACUGACUGCUGCCAGCAGCAGCAACAGCAACAACAGCAACAGUUGCAACAGCAGUGCGCUGGCAACGCCAAUACCGACGCCACGCAAGCGUGGCAGACCUUUCGGUUCCAGCAAUCCGCCAGCCGCUGAUUCAUUGGAGUCCAUGUACAUGGAGGAAGUACGUCGCAAGAACCAAUUGUUGGCAGAGCAAACGAAAAUCUCUCGACAGCGUUUGGAGCUAGAGGAACGCAAGCUGGAGCUGCUGCAGACCUUCUUUCCCAAAUGCUUGGAGCAGCAGGCGCAUAUUUUAGCGCGUGUCAUGCAAUUGCCACACCUGCAACAGCAGCAGCCGCCACAGUAAAAGAAAGAAAGGAAAGGAAAUAAAUAAAACUUUAAAUUCAAUAUAGCCCGAGCCCCGGUAGCGUUCUAUGUUUACCACUUAAACUAGUUGUCAUAAGUCAAAAAAAUAAAAAAAAAUAAUAAUUAAUGUACUACAAAUUUAAGAUGUAACUGAAAUUUGUAGAAUCUAAGGCGACAAAAUGAUCAAAAUUCAUUGCUUCACUGCAUUAAUGUCGUUUCGAUCGAUUGCAAUUUAUUGCUUAAAUGUCCGUACUAUAUGUU